AUGAAAAAACUGGCUGCAGCAUUCUUCUCAAUCCUUUUCAUACUAUGCCACCUUCACGAUACUAAUUAUGCGGCAACUAUUAGCAGUGUCACAGAGAAGCUGGACGAUCAAAACCAGCCAACGGCAGAGAUAAAGUGUGGAUCGUGCCCUUGCGUCGACCCAUGUAGCCAGCUGCCUCCGCCGCCGUCACCACCACCGCCGCCUCCACCACCACCACCGCCCCCGGAUUGUACUCCUCUUUCGCCUCCACCGCCACCACCACCACCGCCACCGAGAAUUGUGUACGUGAAACCACCGCCGCCGCCGAGGUUCGUGUACGUGACGGGAGAUCCUUAUGACGUGGAUUUAUACAGCGGAGGAGAACGCAAUGUAAUCGAACAUGGCUUGUUGAUUAUUAAGGUUGGUGUUGGAUUACUUGUCGGAGCGAUACUUGUGAUCAUAUGA